AUGAAGGAAAGAGUUGGCAGAGAUAGUUCUAACAGAAAAGUUAUGAAUAAUGAUUGGCUGAAUGCCGUAAAACAAGAAGCAGAGAAGACGAACAAAUUUUUAUUAAAAGAAUUUUGUCAACAAUUAUUAGAUUAUUUAAGUCAAGGAAAAAACAAUAUACAUUUUGGACGAGAAAAAUGUAUUGAAUUUAUCGGCUGUUGUUUGGAAAAAGAGGCGCCGCAAAUUUGUUUACAUGCUAUUCAUGGCUUUGAGUUUCUUGUUAGCGAAGAAGAAAAUUGUACAAAAUGUUCUAUACAAGAUAAACACGAUUUUAUUCUUUAUAUAAUCGAUAGUUUUCAGAAUGCAUCACCGCUUAUUGAAAGAGAGUGCGUCAAUGGAAUCCGUAUCAUUUUAAAUUUUAUUCGAUCGUACAAUGAUAUUUUAACAGUUCCAAUUCUUUAUGAUAAUACGUUACUGGAUCCAAAUGAAAUUGAAUAUUUUUCGUCAUUGCUAAUUCUCGUGGAGUAUCAUACAUCAUUGAUUGAUAAUUUAUCAGAAAGUCCGGAUCGAAUGCUGCAACGAAUAUUUGUUUUAGAAUUGCAUGAUUUAAUGACUAGUUUAUUGCCGAGAAAUAUUCGUUUUUAUCAACCAUUCAUUGAUUUUGUAUGGAAAAAAUACUCACCCGGUGUGCUAUCAUUUCUUGGAUCACCGAUUAUUGAUGUGCGUUGUGUUACAAUAAUACUGAAAUUAGUCUUUUUCAUUUCUCCACUAUAUGCUUUACGUUCUGUAUCCGAGACACACAUUCAUCGUCUUACUUUAUGUCAAACAGUAAAUGAACGGAUGGAUUUACUUAUCGUUCUCAAGGAGCUUUUAAAUGCAUCGACAUUGAUUUCUUUAAUUUUUCCACCGUGGAUUAUUAAUCAAUCGACUAUACAAGAACAAGUAAUAGAUGAUUCGGACCUGAGUCUAUUUCGAAAAAUAUUAUCAAUAAUAAUUGACUGUACAUCAUCAGACGAUCGUUUACUUGUUAAUAAAGCAUAUCAAUGUCUCAAUCAUUGUCUAGAACAACUAUUUAAUUUCAUUAGCCAACCAAAGUUUCAUCAAGAUGAACAACGACAUAUUUAUAGAACAUAUUUGAAAUAUGGUUGUUAUGUAAUAGGUCCACCAGUCAAUACCGAUGAUUUUAUUGCACACAUGAAAAAUGAGCAAGAAAAUGACAACAACAGCAAUGAUGAUGAGAAAAAUCUGAGUUUGUCGAGUAGUAGUACAACAACAGAAAGAGUAAUGUUUUAUCUACAUCAUUUAAAGUUGUUACUAAAAACAAUUAAAGUAAUGAAUGUGGCUGAUUUUGAUGACGCACUAUUACAAUUUUCAUCAUUUAUUAGUUCCGAGUAUACUUCGAAAACGUCCAAUUCAUCUGCAUCGGAUAUAAUUGUCGCAAAUGCUGACGGUAUUUAUGCAGCAACAAUCUGGGUACUCUGGUAUGGUUUACAUCGACAUAUACAACAAUUGUUUGGACCAAUUAAUGGUAACCACAUCACAUAUUCAAAAACUUCGUUCAUGUCAGAUAUUAUGAAUUGCGGAAUGAUGAUAUAUAUUGAUCCAGAAUGGAUGAAUAAUCUCUAUGAACAGUGCCAUGAUAAUUUUGAUUUUAUGCAAUAUGUACCCGAACAAUCAAAAGUUAUUUUAUACCAAAUGUUUUCUGAGAUCAGGCAAUUUAAUAUUCCAGCCGUUAAUUCAAUUCAAAUAUGUGGUUUGACUGAAAUUCGUCAGGCAAAGUGUAUAGGUGUCUACGCCGUUAUGUUGAAUAUAAGCCAUGCAUUAGAUUUUUUUCAAAGUGAAUUUCAAUCAUCCAUAACAAAUGAUAACAUGAUCAAUGCGAGACUCAUCGAAACACAUCAACUCGUAUUCAGUGGUUUAAAGGUUCUAUUCAAGCUCGCUGUUGUCACUGGUCAUUCAAAUAGUGCCUGUUCAGUAUUACAGCGAGUUCUACAAAUUAUCGAACACAAUUUUGAUAUUAAAAUUAAUUAUACAAAUGAUUUGUUAAUUUUAAAACGACAACCACAAUAUCAUUCUAAUAAAAUUACCGGCAAACAUAAACAAUAUCAUUUACAUUAUGGUGAUGUGAUGGCAAUUAGUUUUAUUCUAGAAUUAAUUAUAAAGGAUAUACAAAUAUGUCCAAGUGUUAUGUAUAAAUUUAUCCUAAGAUGUUGUAUUUACCUAUUGAUGUUGGAGCAAAUAUGUUGUUCGGUAACAAAGGAUAAAACUACUUUAACAGAUGCUGAAAGACUAGAAACUAACGAAAAUACUUUUCCCUCAGCUACAAAUACUUCAUCAUUAUUACAAUUAGCAGCUAUCGAUAAAACUGGUCAUAUUAAUGAAAAAUUUUGUGCACCUAUAUUGCAAGCGUUAUCUCGUCGAGUUGAUAAACUCUACAACGUAGCCACUCGAUUACUUGAUCUUGAUUCAUUAUUGGAAUUUUUGGAACAAUUACGCGUUUUAGGUGUUACACAAUUAACAAAAGAAGAUAAUUCUUUUCAUCACUCGUCAACAGAUUUUUUUCCCAUAAAUGUUAUCAUUGAUAAACUUGGAGAAAUGUCACUAGAUAUUAUUACAUCAUUACGUCCCCGAUACCAUGUAUGCAAAGUAUGGAGUUUUAUAUCACAAUUGUUUAUACAGAUUGCCACACAUAAAGAUAUUGGGAUUGCUAAACGUUCUAUCAAUCAUAUGCAUACACACUUACGUUCAUAUUUAAGUGUAAGACCAGAAUAUAAAAAUUUUCAUAUGAAUGAAGAAUUCUUUAAACCAUUUGAACAUCUUAUUUGUACCGAACAAUGUGAUAGUAUUGUGGAAAAUCAAAUUUUUAAUUCAAUAUGUGAAUUAGUUGAAUUUAACACAAAUAAUAUCAAAUCUGGUUGGCGAUCGAUAUUUGCUUGUUUAAAAACGGUUCGAAUUGAACAAAAACAACAAAAUGUUCAUGCAACUGAUGAAAAUAAAUUUGAAUUACGUCGAAUGAAUGCAUCGGUAGAAAUAUUAGCAGCAUUCAUCAAUUGUGAUAAUUUAAAUGUAAUAUCAUCAGCUGCAAUCGAUUGUUUAUCAUGUCUAUUUCGUUAUUUAAGAGAACCAGAUCCGUGGACAUCCGAAAAAAAUGGUUCGUUUGAUGAACUGAGUGAACAAGAUAGUCACAGCACUGACAUACGAAAUAAAAUCGAGAUGAUUAUACCAGCAUUAAACAUGUUAACUAAAUUUAUGCACAUCUUCAUAGACUGUUAUUCAUCGCCAUCAUCACAAUAUAUAUUUUCAACCAAAAAACGAUCACGUUAUUUUGAAUCUAUUUCAUUUACCUACUGUACUUUUAUCAAUUAUUCAUCCGAUUUUUUGACUCAUAUAGCGUUAUUAAAUGAAGAUUUCUUUUUAAAUGAAUUUAAUAAAAUUGAUCUACAAGAGCAAAUAAUGGAUUUUCUACAAAUGUUUGAGAAAAACUUAGAAAAAGAUAUCAAAUAUUUAUCUGAAGAUUUCGAUUCGAUUGAUAAAACUCAUUUAUUAAGUGUUUGGUCGUAUAUGAUUGAAGGUUUAACAGAUACUAUAUUUUCUUGUCCAAAUCGUUAUAUAAUUAAAAUAAUUGAUCAUUAUUUUGAAAUACUUACAAAAACAUCAGAAAAUGUUAAUUAUCAAUUUUCUAUUUAUUUAGUCGUUUGUGUUAUCAUUCCAUUAGUCCAAUCAUUUGUCUGUUCAACUUUUUUAAAAAAACCAUCGUUACGAAAAUCAUCAUUAUUUCGUGGUUCAUUAACAUUAUUCAAUAAUAUUCGUAUGACUUCAACAGCAUGGCGUCUAUUUAUGGGUAAUCUAUUAGAACAUGUUAUACAAAUAUUUGAUAGAUCAUCUGUUAUUGAUAAAUAUCAUUAUAUUCUAUUUGACACAUUUUUAUCAAUGUUAAAUGAUUGGCUUGUUGUAUCAAAUGAAUAUCUUGGACGUUUAGCUAUAUCAUGCAUAAAACAUUUAUUAACUAAUCUAUCAAUGAAAUUUGACGAAAAUUUGUCAUUAAUAUGUUGCAAAAAUAUUCGUCAUGCAAUAUUAUUAACAUCAAUGCCUACCGAGUAUAUCAUACAUGAGUUCAAUGUAUUGUCUGCAGAUGAUUUAUUAUUAAAUGUUCAAUUGUAUACAAAAGAUGGAUCAUUGUUAACAUCACAUGAUAAUGAUAAUAUGAUAUUUUUACUUUGUAAACAGUUAUUUAAUGAACAAUCAACAUUACAAUCGAUUAAUGAUAAUAAUGAUAGAAAAUUAUUUCGUUUUAUAUUUCGAUUAUCUGAUAAUAAAACAUUAACAAAUGAAAUUGAUAUGCAAACAUUUGUAUUUUCAAAUUAUUUUCAUACACAAUUAAUUCAUAUAAUUGGAGAGAUAUUAUUAAAUAAUAAUAAAUUUACAGAGAGUCCUAUUCUAUAUUAUCUUUUAUCUUGUUUAACCUAUACAAUUGAUCUAUGUGAACGAUAUGAAACAAAUAAUAUUGGUUUAAAAUGUUUAUUACAACAACUAUUUUCAUAUGAAAUACCAAUAACAUUUUAUCAUUUAAAACGUAUUGCAUUUCAGUAUUUAAUUGACAUAUUAUUGAAAAAUAUUGACAUUAUGUCCGUUGAAUUAUGGAAACAGCAACAACCACUCAAAUCAAAUGAGAUGAAUCAUUGUACAGAAAAUGCAAUUCCUUUACCCGAUGAUGAUUCUGCUUCGUCUAUUUGUUCUACAUCAUCUCUUCAAUCAACUACACCUUCGGUUUUAUCAAAAAAGACAAGUAAUAUAAUCGACAAAGGAUUUUUUUCCAAUUUUUCGUCUUACUUAUACAGAUGUUCAAUGAACAAUUCAACAAAUCAAUUGACUAUUCUAAAAAUGUUAAGCGAUAGUAUAGCUGAUACAAUUUAUAAGUAUUCAAAUGAAUAUGAAAAAAUAAUGAAUCAACAAAAUGAAGAUAUGCAGCCUUCGCAUUCCACAGUGUCUACCACGGUCCCAUGUUCACACGAAAUCGGUUUUUAUUUAUUACGAGCUGAUCAAGAUUUAAUUGAUAAAUUUAUUCCUGAUCAACAACAACAAAAACAAGCGAACAGUGAACUACAAAAUACUUUGAAUAAUUCAUCAAUUAAUAAAAAUACAAAUUUAUCAAAAAAUAUGUUCCCAUUACAGGAUGAAACUCAAUAUUUUAUUGUUACAGAACAUAUGAUGAAUCAAGCGAUGAACGAAUAUAAAUUACGUAAAACAGAAAUAUCGGCACCACCUCUGAGAAAAAUGUCAACAUCCAUACAACGAGAAAGUCGAACGCCGUCAUUAUCGUCACCCUUAUCUGUCAUAUCACAUCCAUUUCCAAUACCGUUCAUAUCAUCUUCAUUAGAUGAAUCUAAAAUCAGUCUGAAACCAUUCAACAUACAUAAUUUAACAUCUAAAACAUUGACUUCAAGUAUGAAAUUAUAUAUUGAUGGAUGGAAUAAUUUAUGUUUGUAUUUGGCAAAAUAUUUACAUACAAAAAAUGACUAUAGAUUUCUUUUACCCAUAUUUGAACGUUGGUUAUUUAUAUUAGCUACAAAUGCAUCCAAUCGUGAAUUAAAAAAUAUUCUAUUAGAUAUGUUAGUUAAUCUUGGUAAAGAAAAAUAG